ACGAGACUCAGCCUUGCAUCUUCUUUUAUUUUCAUGUAGGCGGCCAUGUCCAUCCCCGGCCUUGGGCAAAUCCCGGUACAAGCGGCCGUUUCCUCGACGCGAACCAUCUCCCUUCGUCCAGCUUGGGAAUGGCGAUUCCAAGUGCCCGCGGGCUCGUCGCUCGUGCUCAAAGUCCUUGCAGGCACAGCUGAGAAGGACGGCGUCGAGCUCGCGCUGCGCAACGCCUACACCUUUUCCGGCGUGCGCUCCAAGAUCCUGACCUGGCACGGCUGCGAACUGGAGAUUGAGGGCCGCUGCGACAACGACUCUGUAGCCGAGUACCUGAAUCCCAUUGCGAAUCCUGCGACUUCACACAUCAAUCUCCAUGCGCGGCUGAGCGACAUGCGGGUGGAUGCCACGCGGCAGCGGCGCGAGGGUCCGAGAGUCCUGAUUGCUGGGCCGCCGAAUUCGGGCAAGACGACGCUGGCCAAGACGCUGACGAGCUACGCUACGCGACAAGGAUAUCAAGUUAUAACGGUGAAUGCGAAUCCAAGAGAUGGAAUGCUGAGCUUGCCUGGCACGCUGAGCGCGAGUGUCUUUGCAACUGUCAUGGACCCCGAGGCGGUGGACGGUUGGGGCUCGACACCAACGAGCGGGCCGAGCACGGUACCUGUCAAGCUGCCCAUGGUUUUCAACUACGGCUGGGAGAGUGCGGAAGAAGACGAGGAUCUAUAUCGUGAGCUUAUAGGGAGACUGGCGGGGGCUGUUAGCGGUAGGCUGAGUGAAGAUGAGGAAGUUCGUGGGUCGGGAGUUAUAGUUGACGGCAUAGGAGUCAGCGAAGACGGCCAGAUUGGGAUGGAGCUGACAGCGCAUGUUGUUGAUGAGUUUUCCAUUAAUACGGUGGUGGUAAUUGGACCCGCGUCGCUGCACAAGCAGUUUGUGAAUCGGUUCGCCAGCGAGAAGACGAGUCUUGGCGAGCCCAUACAGGUGAUUUCCAUUGACGAAUCAGACGGCGUAGUCAAGAGGGACGAGGCAUUCUCGCAGCACUCGCGCGAGGCGGUAAUUAAGGAGUACUUUUUUGGAGACGCAAAGAGGACGUUGAGUCCGCAGAUUCAGCAGGUUGAUUUUGACAAUCUGGUUAUUUACAAGCUCGCAGACUACUCUCCUGAUGAAAAGCAGAGCUUAGUUCUGGAAGAACCCUCGUCUCUGAUGCAGCAUUGGACCUUGGCGGUCAUGAACGCCUCUGUGCGGGAUAGUCCUGAUGUGAUCCGCGCGGCCAAUGUUAUGGGCUUUGUGUACGUGGCGGACGUGGAUGAAGACAGGCGAAAGAUUAAAAUCUUGGCGCCAGUGAGCGGAAGACUGGGAGACAAGCCGCUGGUAUGGGGCAAGUGGCCGGAGCCGUACAUUAACCUGUUGGGAUAGAUUUUCUGGCAUACGAUACAAUACAAUACUAGCACUGCAGUACAUUGUUGUCAAAACAUGGAAUGUUGAGGCGCAGGGAAG